AUGCAGGUAGCUCUCAUGGGUGCUGUUUGGCUUGCUCCCCAGCUCAGCUAUAAGUCCAAAGGCUUACAGUUCGAAUUCAUUUCUGCUGGAAUCUGUAUGUAUCCCCAGUGCAGGUCACACUGGGGGCUCACCCCGGUUCUCCCUGGCUUGACAGAGCAUCUGCGCAUAGUUGGGAGGAGCACAAGACAGAGAGCAUUUGGCCCCAGAGUCUGCUUCUCUGGGUUCUUCAGUCCUGAGCUCUCUUGUCGAAACUGGCUGUUCUGUGACCUGCCUGCAAACCUGGCCUCUCCUUUGAGUGGGGCCCUAGUCCUUCACAGACUGGAGACAUGA